GGCCGGGGCCCGGCGCCAGGGCGGGCUCCAGUUGCCUCAGCGGCCGGGGCAGCGCCGCGGGACGCGGGGGGAAGGCAUCGCCCGCAACUGGCCCGCCGCGGCCGCCCUGCCGCGCGCCGGCCUUUAACGGCCGCGAGGACCGUUAACCGUGAGGAGAGAGGUCCGGGGAGGGGGGGGAGGCUUCCGCGGCGGAGGGGGUGCCCCCAUGUGCUUAAGGGUGGCGGGUACUGAGGAAGCAUAGGGAGAACAGGGAAGGAGGGACGGGCUGCUUUUAAACUAGGCAGAAUCGGCCUUCGCAGCCCGAGGCCGACCUUGAGCACCCUUCAGCACCCUUGGGAGCGCCUUGGCCCAGGCCAGCCUGGCGCUCGGACCCGCUUGUCUUCGGCGCUGAUCGGUUCUCUCGCCAUGCUUGGAGGCUCUACCUGCCUCCGGUGAGGAGGAUAGCUCUGUUGCAGAGGAGCUUAAAGAGGCAACGAUGACAAGCAACACUCAGAAGCCUGAUGAGAGUAGAAGUAAACGUAAAAAAGAGAUGGAGAAUGAAGUUUCAGAAAAUCCUGAGUUGUCUUCCCUUGACAAAACAGAUUUGGCUCUUUCGGAGGGCUCACAGUCCCUUUGCAAACCUGAACAACUGGAGAAAGUUUUAAAUGAGAUGAACAAGGAAAUUACAAACUUGUUAUCAAAAUAUGCUCACAUUUUAAGAUUUUUUCAAUUAAGUGAGAGAGCAGCGAUGGAUGCUUCUUAUGUGCAAGAACUUGAUGGAAUCUUAAAAGAAGCGAGGACCAUAGAAAACCACUUAAAACAGAAACGGGAGAGUCUGAAACAGAGAUUCACUGUGAUUGCAAAUACUCUGCAAAGCUAAAUGGAGUUUGUCAGACUGCAGAAAUGCAGAGCAAAAUUUGUAGUACAUUUUAUGUAUUAAAAUAUAAACUAUGAUGAGUGCU